CAUUAAUAUAUGGUGACCAUUCAGUUAGCGGACAGAAACAUAGGAGCCAAUGUUUUAUUUAAAGUAUCAGUAGAGCCAAUAAAGACCUUUAUGAUUACAUACAGAUAAUACGAUUUGAAAACGUUAACCUUUCUUGUAGACCACGAGGGUGGCACAAACGCUUCUGAAUUUUGUGCUUCCUAACAAUUUGCAAGAGAGCAAGAGAUCGUGGCCUGCUUUAUCUUCACCACUCGAGGACAAAUCUAAUUAAAAACAGAUUGGAAAAUUCCAACAAACGCAGCUGCCAGUGAGGAAUAGUCUCGGUAAUAUACGGCAUAAAAUACGACAGUUGGUCUUCACAUCUUAAGAAACCUCGUAAUGGAAGGCGACACGGACCGUUUCACACAGCAUAUUGAAAAUUCAAGAUUGACUAGUCCCAGACUGGAUGAUUCUGAAUCGGAGAAUGAACGGCCAUCGGAUAGUACCUCUCCUUGCUCUCUAUUCUCCAGUAGCGGGGAUGACCACCAGGAAGCUGAGACAGACGACGUUUUCUACUCGCACGUGACGUCGUCCUGUGACACUACGCCUGCCUGGGUUUGGGUCUCGCCCUUGUCUGUUCCAUCUAAGCCACAUUUCAGCCUCUCAUCAACUGUCACUGGAUCAAUCCUUCCAGUUGACGUGUCCACGAGUCAGCAGGUGGCACUAGAAUUUGUCCCACGGCGCGUUCUAAGGCGAAGAUUUUCAUCGGAAGAAGAGCUUCCAACGAAUGAGGGAGGAAACUCCCGUAAGCUAAACCGCCGAACCUUUACGAACAAUCGCGAAAGGUGGCGGCAACAGAACGUUAACGGUGCCUUUGCUGAUCUACGUAGGCUAGUGCCAACUCAUCCACCAGACAAAAAACUAAGUAAAAAUGAAAUUCUCCGUCUGGCAAUCCGUUAUAUCAGAAUACUUUCAGACGUCCUUGAAUAUCAAGAACAGAAGCUUCAGUCAGAAACAAAGACCAAUCAGAUGGCUCAAGCUCCAACUUCUAGUGACCAUGUGGAAUCUUACAGGAAUACUGACCAUUCGGCCGAAUAUGAAACCAAAAGCACCAGUAGUGGCUAUUUACAAUUUAGUAGUGUCAAAUCAGAGGAAAUAAUCACCAGAAAAAACUGCAGUGAAAAUAAGUUAGAAGUGAAGGACAGGUCAAGUGUCAGCUCUCCAGCCUCCAGUUUGAGUAGUCCACCUUCUAGUAAUGAUGAAAUAAACUAAUAAAACCAGGCAGAUUUUUAAGAUAUAUUUUACAGCAUUAAUGUCUCGCUACAUGUGAAGGCAGGCAAAAUUCGCCUUCAUUCCUAUAACUCUUUAAGUGGGAAAGCCGCCUAACUAUCAACUGGAAAACAAAAGCUCAUUUUCCCCCAAAUUGUUUAUUUUAUAGCAAAGCUACAUUGGGAUUUGCUUUCUCCACUGUGGGGAAUCGGACCACGGAUUUUAGCGUUGUAAUUCUAUAAACCUAUCGCUGUCCCAUCGGGGACAUUUUUUUUUUUCCAAAUUAGAGAAAGAUAGUAUAGACAGUGCCUCACUGAAUGGUCUUUGUGUUGUUGCAAGUGUAAAACAACAAUACGUUUUUGUAAGUAAGUAGCAACAAAAUUGUUAUGGUAACGAUUCGUGAUAAGAUAUUUAUGGUAUAAUGUUUAUUCUCGUGAACUUGACCAAUAACUAGUCCAUAUUUUUCUCUAAUUGGUAUAUAAUUCAUUUUUCCGUAUAUAAUAAGUGAAUAGCUUAUCCAGUUAAGAUACACUGAUACUAAUACUUCACUUGCAGUAUCAAUUUUUAAUUACAGGUGAUGAAUAUAGUUUAAAUUGCAUAAGUAAACAGCCUAUGUGCGUUCGUCUCAACAUGUAUAAUUAUGGUUGCUAAGCAGUUUUGAAGUGUAAAUAUUCAACCAUUUAUAUGUAAUUAAAAACAGCGAAUCAAGAAAACAAUAAAACCAAAUUGUAUUUGA